UUUUGCUCUUUCACGUGUGGGAUGUGUAAAGAGCUUCAGUCCGACAGGAGCAGCUUCUGGUUCUCGACCGUUCUCUGUUUUGGUCGAGGUCCAGAGAGUCAGAACAGCAGGUUACAUGUCGGACACGUCUGAGCUCAACUUCUCUUCAGGCAAAUUCACAAAGUUGCUUUGAAUUUGUUCGCCUCGUUCAGAGAGACGAGUCCAGAACGAGUGAAGCUCUCCAGCUCCUUCAGUUUCAUCUGAUUCUCCUCUGCAGACUGAAACUUGCAGUCAGUCGUGAUACAAGGUCAAAGAAAUGGCAUUAAUGGCUCCAGCUUGGAGAUGGCUGCACACUUCAGUCCUCUCUGCCUCUACUUUUUUCCUCCUGGUCGCCCACAGCUGGGUGUUUUUAACUGUGUUUUGAUCUGAAUGAUGUUGCUGCUUUGAGAGCUAAAGCUAUGAGGCUAGUAUGCAUUGUUGGAAGGAAGUUCUAUCUGCCUUGGACUUGGAAUUACUUCAGUAAAAAGCUGCAAACCAUCAGCGUCUUUGAUAAAAAUAAGCGGAAAUGGACUGCGACAGUAUAAGAAUAUUUCUGUUGCGGUGCAUCAGAUAUUGAAGUCGAUGAUUUGUUGAAGUAUGCAGCGUAUAUCUGAUGCAGUCUCUAAAAACCUUUCAACUUUCCUCCUCGUGUUUUCACUUAUAGCGGCGCUAAGAAUAGCUCCUAGACCAGACUACAAUAUGCUCUGUAAUAGCAGCAGAAAUCCUAUACCAGUCUGGAGGUCACACAGUGCACGGUCUGAGCUGAGAGAGCGCAUGAGUUCGCAGGGUAAAAUAUAGCCGACAUGUGUGUUAGGUCGGGAAGCAUGUGUGUCUACAUGGCUGUAAGUGUGUGCGUGGCCCCUGACGCUGUCUGACAGGCUGGUGAUCGGGGGUCAGAGCGGAGCUUAGCACCAAUCACUGUGAUUUAACAGAGUGCAGGAGAGGCAGACCAGAUGCCAGUCACCAUGGUUACGACCACCAAGAUGCCCGACACACCCCGUCUAUGAAAAGCAAGUUGUUGCACCAGAGGAAGCGUUUAACAAUCAAUGCAAAUAGAUGCUCAUAAACAAGGCUGCACGAGCGAAAAAGACACGGCGAGGGGUGUGGAGGACAGUUAUUCAGGGAAUGGGUCCAACAAAGAAAAGAUUAAACUACAUGUUGAUCUGCUUUAAUGUACGAUGAAAACAUUAGCAUAUGUGGCUAACUAGCUUACGACCCGCAGCAGUAAGUUGUAGGAAAGUUUUUACGUUGUUGUCUGAGACAGCGUUACGUUUGCCAAACACAGUCCUUCCCAAGUUCCCUGGAUUUAUAUGAACAUCUGUUCCCAAGUUCCACACAGCUGAUGAUGGGAACCCUAAAAAGACGUUUUCCAGCUCUGUGUUAAUAUGACAUGGACUGUUGUGGGAACUCUUCAGCGUAGUUUUCUGUUCCCUUGCACUGCUCUUGAAAUGAUAGGCCCAUACUUGAGGGAACAGAUCAAAUGGAUUAGGGUUGUUGUGUUUGGGAACUUAGGAUCUUGAGACUUAGGACCCUGGGAACAAACAACCCUUUGAACAAAGGACCGUGGGAACAGGGAACAUAGGACCUUAGGAAGGUGCAGGUUCUCAGUCAUCCAGGUCAUGGUUUUCUUGAGUGCUGGAGUUGAAGGCAACUGGACGUCUUUUAGGUUUCUUGAAGAUGUUUCUCCUCUCAUCAACCGGCCUCUAGAACUGAGGAAGCCUUUCAGAUGAGCACUGAAACGUCUUCAAGAAAACUAAAAGACGUCCAGUUGCCUUCAACUCCAGCACCAGCUAGCAACAUAAAUAUACUCCCCUGUAGCUCAGGCUUAGCAAAUGGCCAGAUACAAUAACAGCUAAGUAAUGAUAUCCUGUCUGUCACUGCUUUAAUUUGUCUGUGGAUAAUUUGAUAUUAGCAGGUUUUGUGGAGGUGAAUUUCACCACAUCUUUGCAGAAGAGGAGUUGAUUGAGUUGAUGUUCCUGCUCAGUAUCCUGACCCUGUUGAAGGCCCUGAGCCAUAGAGGUAUCAUUAGAUGUGCUGUAAGGAAACCAAGGUGAAGAGAGAGAUGUAGAAAGAAGAUAAUUAUACCAUGCCAGUCUGUACCUUCUCCAGGCCAUUUCCUCCCCUGUGGCAGUGGAUGAAGGAGUGUCAUGCAUGAGUUUGCCUUUGAGGACCACAGGAGCCAAUAAAAGGCUGCCGGGGUGGGGGGGAAAGAGGACACCACCAAGGGAGUCUGGAGCAGGAGGAGGCAUCCAGACAACAGCUCUGCAAAUCCAGCAGGCCCUCGCUGCCAAACAGCUGAACCUCGAAAACCUCACGCAGGGCGAGCUGCCACACGCCACCAUUAUCUCAAUCACUCCACAAUAAAGCUGACAUUUUCAUGGAAGUGCGACAGAAACAGCAAAAACUAUUUAUUCGUAGAAUUACAUUUAAAGCUACAGCCUGAAAACUGCUGGAUUUUGCAGCGUUUGAGGCCGUGUGACUGAGAGCUGCUUUGUGUAGCAGGCUGAAUAGGACGUCUCUGCCUGGCCCAGGACAACCUGUCCAGUUCAAACCUGGCUUUAUAUCCGCGUCUGAGAAAGAUGAGAAUCCCAAGGCGCAGGGUAAUAUGACGGCCUAGAUGAAUUAAAUGUCAUUAGAGAACACAGAGUUCUCCUGCAGGCACAUGGGCAGUGAGAGGGCGGCGUCUGCUGCUGAGUCAUAAUGGACCCAAUGGUUCCCACUGCAGCCUGAGACGGAGCUGGAACCAGGAUGAUUCAGGCUGAAACUACGCUGAGAUGAAGAGUCAUGUGUAAAGUCAGAGUCAGACUGAUAUCAGUGUGAAUAAACUAGAAAGGAAAGACAACUACACCACGGUCACAUGACGUCAACGUCUCCACCACUAAGCUUCCAACUGGUCAUUUCAUUUAGCUCUGAGCUCUUCUACAAAAGCCUUUCUUCUUAGAAAGUUAGUGAGAGUUUGAAAGAGGUGACAACAGGUCUGAGUUUAGCAGAAUGUGUAAGAUGCAGCAGAACUAAAACGUAACGUCCCUGUAUGAGGGCGCAGUUUAAAAAAGCAUUUAAACCUGAAUUAAUGUUUUUUUAGGUCAUGUGACGGCGACGCAGCAUCUGACGUAUCAUCAUCUUCCAGUUGUGUUUCUGGCCUCCUGACACAUAAUCUGUGGGAUGAUCCGGAACAAGCCAGAUCCAUGGACCCCCCCCACACCUACCCUGCAACCCACAGGAGCCCCACCCCCCCAGAGGUCCUGGUCCAUGCCACCGCAGAAUGCAAUUCCCGUUCUCUGUUGCCAUCCACCAGCAGAACAACAGUCCAGUCAUUUGUAGAGGGACUGAGGAUUCACCAGGAAUCUUCCAGAUAUUCAAUCAGUUUCAGUGAAGCUGAUGGGUGGGACGUGUGACUGUGAGGUCUGUUGUGUCAGUGUGAGGAUCAGAGCUGCAGUCAUGGCUCAGGUGAAGGCAGCAGGAGACGCCGUGAGGAGCCUCCAGGACUGUGCAGAGGUUUACUCCGACAUGACCACCGUCAGCUCCAGUGCAGAUGUAGGAGAGUCGGGGAGGAAGGACUCGCUGCGUGAGACCUUGGCGGCCGCGGGUCUGAGCCGGCGGAGCAGGGCCUACCCCUCCCCGGCCAGGAGACGCCACCGCACCACCUUCAGCCACAAGCAGCUGGAACAGCUGGAGCUGGCCUUCGCACAAAACCAGUAUCCUGACAUCUACUGCAGAGAGGAGCUGGCCCGGGUCACCAAACUGAACGAGGCCCGGAUACAGGUGUGGUUCCAGAACAGACGAGCCAAACAGCGGAAGCAGGAGCGAGCGUCUCAGAAGCUCCUCCCUGUGGGCGUGAUGCCGGGUCACCGGGGUCUGCUGGGGGGGGGGGUCCACGUGCAGUCGCCCCGACAGUACUACAGCCAGCCCCUGGCCCACAUCCCCCGCCUCUCCCCCAUGUUACCCUCCGGGGCGUACCCCCGCCACCCGGGCCCGGUGGCCCAGUGCCCCUGUCCCGGCAUCCCCCCCCCGCAGCCCCCGACCCAGCGGCAGCACGACGACUGGUACGGCCUGAGGGGGAACCUUCCCCCCCCCGUGUUCUCGCUGCAGCCUCUGGACGCCGCCUCUCACUGGAGCUGAGGCGUAAACCCACGAGGUCACCUGCUCUUCACCUGCACCUGGUUCAGGACGAGUCUGUUUCAUCUUUAAUCUGUCACAUCACCUUUGUUCACAUCCAUUAAAAUCUUCUUUAAACUAUGAAGGUUAUUUUUUCUUUCUUUACCCUGAAAGUAAAAACUGACAAAAACUCAUUGGACAGGUUUAGUUCUGAGGUUUAGUUCUGAUCUUUUCUGUCAGACUCACAGACAAGUUUGAAAUGUUUCAUAUUAAAUCAUUUAUUUGAAAAGCUGCAGGAGACUCGAGGUGUCGUUUCCCCGUCUCUCUGGAAAUGUGAAAUUAUCACGACUGAGUGAACUCAUUAAAAGAAUCUGAAGUAUUUUCCAGACUAACUUUAUACAUCCUGUCCUGUCUCAGGUUGGACACAGACUGUGUAAGGCUGCAGGUCUCAGGUCUCUGAGGCGACACUGACUCCAGGAUUAUCAGAGUCCAGUCUGUGAGAGGAGCUGAACUGAUGUUAACUGUGAUUCAGUCAAACACAGACUCUGUAGAUGAUCAGGUUUAAUAUCUCACACAGACAGUUUCAUCUUCAGCUUUCAGUUCUGAAGAAUCAACACUGGACGGUAAAGAGAGGAUUCAUCCAUACAAACAAACAAACACUCAGACGUGUCUGUGUUUUAAAGGCAGCUGAUGUGUGAAGCAGAGGAGUCGCUUUAGAACAAACAUCGACCAGUGCUGUGCUUUCAGAGUCCAGUUUAUCCAGUGAAGAAGAAUCAGCUUUACAUUCACUUCAGGACGAGGACGUCCAGGAAAACUCAUCAGGUCAGAGAGGCUGCUACUCUGUACGCUGAUCAGACUGAUCAGACUGAUUGAUCAGUCUGAUCAGUCUGAUCAGUCUGAUCAGUGUGUGUCCUGAGGAGGAGACUCUGACUGAUUCUGCAGAACGUCUGGAGUUAAUAAGUUUGUUGAAAAUGAAAACUCAGCUCAGUCUGAGAAAAUGUUGUUUACAUCAGAGGUCAGAGGUCAGAACAGAGAGUGACGUCACCUCUGAGUCCCAGGUAAGAAAUCUGAAAAACACUCGCAGGACCUGAAGAACACGAGGAGACGCCGUCAUGACGUCGUCCAGACUGAGCUGAAACAGAAAAACCACAGAAACUUUGUGCAGAAUCAGAGUCUCCUUCCACAUCAGGACUCACACUGAU